AUGGUUGAUAAUCAAGAUAGAUUGAGGCACAGAAGAAGUGUGCAACAUGCAUCAAUUAGGAGGGAAAAAGCUCGAUCAUUACAGAAACCUGUCGAUUCUGGUUCAGUUGAUGUGGAGGCAUUAACUUCUGAGAUUCAUGCAUAUUCGCCUUCAUCUUCCCGUAGGAGGCAUGUGUCACCUCCUGAUGGUCCAGAAGCCCCACAUGUACAUGUUAAGGAACCCGAUGCUCCCCAAGCACCCAAAGGGUUUGAAGGAGGUAUGUCCGACUUAUCGUUUAUGCCUCUAUAUUUGGACCAUGUUACCAGGAAUAUGUGGGACAGAGAGGACCAUGAUGCUUUAAAAUGCAUCAACCAUGACCGAAAGAUUGUGGUUUUGCCACAACCUAUUGAGCAAUGGUUUCAAGAUAGAUUACACUCUAAGACCUCAUCAUUUCAUCUUCCACAUGAUGAGAUGUCCAUCACAUUGGACGAUGUCUCAUGCCUGCUACAUCUUCCGGUUAGGGGAAGAUUGUUAGGCUAUAAUAGGAUUAUUAGAGAUGAGGCAGAGGGGAUAAUGAUUACCUCUCUAGAAGCUGAUCCAGGGGAUGCCCUACAGGAGCUAGAAGUCAUAUAUGGGUGUCAUGUUAGGUUUUGA